AUGGUCGUCACCCCUACCACCACUAUUUACGUGGAUGGUCUAGCGAGUCCAGGCACGGAGUCAUCAGAGCAGCCAACUAAGCCUGAUGCCUUCAAAUUGUCUACUGAUGAAGCUGUUGAACAAGCUGCUCAUUUGAGAUCUCAGAUGCAUAUUUUAUGGGGGACUUUGCUUUAUGAGAGAUCUGUUGGUGAAUUCAAAAUGGAUUUGUCAGCAUGGGAAAAAUCUUUAGCUGCUGCUGUUAAAACAUUUGAGCUUGCGGUUUCAUCACCAACAGAUCUUGCAGUAACUAUAAAGAAUCAUUGCUCAAAUGGAACAGCUUCUGCAGAUAAUUUAGAUAAGUUUUAA